AUGCCAAGAAGAAUGGCAGAAUGUUCUGAAGGUGGCAGUGGUACUACAACAGUCACUGAAGAAGUAACUGAGAGCCCCACGGUAUGUAAAAUUUUUGAUUGAAAUUUCCAACUCACGGCAACCCUGAGCUGAAUACUGCUGAAUACUGCUCGCUCGCCAGUGGGAAAGUUUUGGAAAAAAGCUGGCAUGAUCCACAGCUGUACAGUUUGUUUAUUGGAUAUGAUGUUAUUGUAUAAUGAUUCAACUCCAAGUGAUUUAAUGAUUUUAAGAUCAUCCAUCAUCAUUUACUUUGCAUUGUAGGAUUUUGUAGGUUGACAAAAGGGAUACAAUUUAUCAGGCCCCGGUUGUUCAAACGUUUGAUAGCGCUAUCCACCGGAUAAAUCACUGUCCAGCGGAUAAGUAUUACGGAAAUCAAUUACGCUAUCCGCUAGAUAGUGAUUUAUCCGGUGGAUAGCGGUAUCCGACGUUUGAACAACCAGGGCCGGGAGUGUUAAUAAACAGAUCCAGAAAGCGCCAUUUUCAUGGAAAACACUUUCUUUUGUAGUAAUCCUCAGAGAUGCCAACCUCUGGAGAACUAAAAUCUGAAGACUUUCUUUUUUUCACUACCCUCAGGGAUAUCAACGGAACCCACCCCCCUCCGACAAAUUGACCAAUACUAUCCAAAUUCGCAAUCAUCGUUUUGAUGUCAGUGACUAACUACAUGCAGAAAUGCCCCUGAAACCGUACUGCAAAUAACAAAAAUUCAAGUUUUGAGCUAAAAAUGGGUUAAAUCACAAGCUAAGGCACAGAAAAGCUCAAAAGAUGAUUUUAUCCGGGAGAUUUGGUGACCCGUAUGGGAGAGCACGAGAUUGGUGCCGUGUCUGGGAGAGUUGGCAUGUAUGCACCCUAGUCCCCAAAAUGCUGGAAAUAGCAUUUUAAGGUGUUGGAAUUUCAAAAUUUUCUAGGGUAGCACACCCUGAGACACCCUGCCAGUAGAGUCUCUCUCUCACUUGCUCUGUUUUGGUGUUCUCAAGAAAGACUCUGCAUGAAUUGAGUAAGAUCUUUGUUGAGAAUGCAUGCCUUGUUGCUCGGAUAUAGUUUUGAACCCAGGCCUAAUAGCCGUGCGCUUGAUACAGUGAGCUUAGUUAUGACCAUUUGUUUAUCAAUGAAAGGAUGCUUGCACACAAAAAAACCAGGUUGACGAGAGAGAACAACAUUGACUAGUCCAGAAGUUUGGACUGCGGUGACCUCAAAAGCUUGACGUGAUUCAGGCAGAGCCUACCUUUUGCCUUCCUCCACAACACACAAGACAGAAAGAAGCUCUGCUUGCUCGAUGACACCCUUAGACUGCCCAAGAAGAAGAGGACUAAUGACCCUUUGUUGAAACAGUCGGUUGUUCUAGCUGUUCAAACCUCGUGACUAAUUCAACUUUUAAUGAAACCCCUGAUAAUAUAAGCCACUUUUUGAGUUCUCCUGUUACUCAGUUAUACCAUCAGUGGUGAAAGCAUUUUUAACAUUGUCUUUCCCUACUUUAUUUGCAGCAACAGCGGCUUUUGCUGAAAUUGAAGAAACCAAAGUUAGACAAGAAGGUGCAAUGGGAUGAAAGUGCUGUCGAUAAUGAGUUUAUGGGAAAGAAAAUAUCAAAAUGUAAAUAUCAGGAUAUCUUUUGUACAAAGAAAAUAGGUGUGCCAAUAAAUUUCCCCCCCCCCCCCAGUCAUUUUCAAUAGUAAACCCUCUUAAAACAUGGCCAGAUGGUGUCUAUAUACAAGUACUCCUUUGUUCCUGAAGUUAAACAAAAAGUGAUGUUGUUUUUAUCUGUUAAUUUGUGUGAUUAUUACAGUCGAACCUCCAUGUGUGACCUCCUGUCGUAAGUGACCACCUAUCCAAAACACCAAAACUUUCCCAGUCAAAGCUUUAAAGGUGGAGCCUCUAGUAAACGACCACCUCCUGUAAGCAACUGCAACCACUUUUUGGACCUGAUGGUUAAUCAUUUUCCAUUGUUUUUAAGCUCUUGUAAGCGACCACUUGAUGCAUUCUCUGAUCCCUAUUUUCGCUGUGUACACUAUGUUACUUAGAAUAUACGAGGAACUUUAGUGACAACAUGGAACUACACAUAUACUAACUUAGACGUUGCAUGCAAUAAAUUAUCUUCCAAAAAGAUGUGCCUUGACCUCUUCUCAGAAGAGGCUCUCUGUGGUUCGAUUCUUGUAAACAACUACCUCCCUUAAGGGACCACUGUCUUUGCAUUUUGACUGUAUUUUGUUUGGGUACACAAUAAUGGCUGACCGCUCUAGUAGUGCGUGGUGGCCCCUAGUGAGUGACUUUUUUUGUCUUAGAGGCCCAACAAGGACAUUACAGCUUUAGCAUAAAAUGUAAGGUACCCUAUAUCAGAGAAUUAAACCUUGGCCUUCGCACAAGUUUUCUUUGAGCACAGCAUUGGCUAUAGUCCAACAAAUGCUUAAAUAUUUCGGUGACUUAAUUUGCCUCAUGUGCAUGAUUUUCAAUCCUCAUAAAACACUCCUUUCUGUACCGGUUUGACAUGCGAAAAUCCACCUCAAGAACAUGAUGUUACGUUUUUGCAGGUUGUUGUAUUUAUUCCAAACCCAAAAUGUUUGGAGACUCUUCUUCUGAGAGUGACAGCGAUGAAGAUGGAUGUGNUAUUCCAAACCCAAAAUGUUUGGAGACUCUUCUUCUGAGAGUGACAGCGAUGAAGAUGGAUGUGCACACAAUGCUUACUGCACAGGCCAUAAAAAGAAAGGCCACAGAGGUCAUCAUCAUCAUCAUCAUCACCAUGGCGACAAAGGAGAUGAGUCAGCCCCGAGUGGAGAUUCUGAACAAGGACCAAGCUUUAGCACUUAA